UUUUAACAUAUUUUACAUAAUUAACUACUUUAGUGUUAGAAUGAAGAGAAAAAUUCGACAAAACAUCAGUUAGAAGAUAGCCGUUACAAGCAACAAUGAAAAGGUGGCGAUGCGUUUAAUCUUGCUACUGUUUACUGGCUUUUCUCUCCCCUCUCUAGCGAAUAGUACUGGAGAAACGUGUAAUAUCUUGAACCACUUCAUCCCUAACCGAGUGCUUCGACCGGACUGGCCGAAAAAUGAUAUUUGUAGGUACCGAGAAUCCCCGCACUGUUGUACCCGCUCAGUGGAGAUGGUCAUGAAGGGCUAUGCGAAUACCUACGCGCACACUCUCUUCUUCGGGCAUCUCAUGCAGAUGAGAGACCUGACAUCCGACCUCUUCUACCGUAUGCAGAGUAUGCAGCUGCCCUACAUGUCUGCCUCUCUCCGGGAGACUGCUCUGGAGUACAAACUGUUAGAUAAUCUCAGUACUAAACGAGAAACUCUAAUCACUCAAGCCACUCUAGAUUAUCUCGACAUCUAUUACAACGUCGAAAGCAUGCCCACGUUUUGUAAAAGGGGUAUAGUCAGAGAUAUGGAGUCGUCCAUCAGCUCUUUUCUACAGGAGCUGGUAUUUUCCCACGACCUGGUACAGUCCAACUGGAAUGUGGCAAAGGAUCUAUUCGCAGUUGUGUUUUCCUCUCAGUUCACCCCUCAUUGCAUCACAGAGCUCAUUCGCUCAGGAAUGACCAAUAUAAGCUGCAAGACCUGCACCGACCAUACCGUUAAGAUCCCCACCUGCUUCAACUACUGUACGGAAGUGGUGACCUCGUGUCUGGAGCCAUACCAACCAAUCGUACGGCUCAUCAACCAGUGGUUUAACCUUCAUGUCCAGGUGCAAGUGAGGAUUACAAAAUACAUUCAUCUGGACAGAUUCCUGAGACUCAAAGACAAGCUUAACAAUUUAGUAGGAAAAGCUUUAGAAGAUUUGCACUAUGCAGAUGUUUGUGAAUACCAUUUUAAAGAUAGGAUUUCAACUGUAAACAACGAAUAUAAUAUAGCAGAUAGGUCUCAGGGAAGGAGAAGAAGAUUAGCCAAGACGACCCCACCUACCCCGUUCUACUCUUCUCGUCCACUAACCAGAAGCUUCCCCUCCCCCACAACCACCGUUACCCCCAAAUUGGAACUUCCAACUGUUGCUGGAAAUCAGCUGUUUGAUCCAGAAAUGAUUUGCUUCAACGCUACCGCAACCAGGACUACAACUAAUGCGGGGUGUUGGAAUGGGACAGGGAUUGGGGAAUAUGACAGGAGCCGGAUUCCAACGACUGAAAGUACCCCAUCCAACAUGUUCGACCAUCAUCUGUCACGACUUAAAUCAAAAAUGAACGAUUUAGAGGUGUCUCUCAACAGAGAACUAGUCAUUGUAGAGCCAGAAUCUAAUAAUGUGGAACCAACAAUGGUUGCUCAAAAACCAAACAAUUUUGGCCAUGGACCAAAUUUUAAAACUGUGACUAUUUUAAUAAUUGUAAUGACAUGGAUAACCCUAAUCGUUUGAAAAUUUUUAUUUAUUAUGUCGAUAUCUGUUAUUUAUAUCUGCACAGAAUAUCUGCAUAGCAUCUAUGUAUUUUGGAGUCUUAAUUAAUUUGUCUUGUUUUAACAAAUCGUUGUACAAAAGCUGCCACGGAUUUGUUUUUCUUUGUGUCUAAUUUAGUUGAUUCAUCAAACAUUAAUUCGUGAUUAUCUAUAUAUUGGUGAUAAUCUUUAUUUCGUGAUUAUCUAUAUUGAUAAUUGAAAUGAGGACAACUGUUUUGUCUAAAGUGAAACAUUUUAUGUGCCACUUUCAGGCUACAAUUGGCCUUGAAAAGUUUGCAUGUUUGUAGGUUUUACUCUUGUGGCUGUUUUUUUAGAUUUUUUGAUUAAGGCCUCAAAGUUUUUGUAAUUAAUUUGAAAAGAUAAAUGUUAUCAUUGCUGCAGUGUAUGUUGAAAACUCGUAACCCAUUAACCAACAAGCAUGUGCAAAGUCCAUGGAACCUAUAGCGUUAUUUAUGUGCAGACUACCACAACAUGCGCAUUACUUUUGUUUUGUUUAGCAUAUAUUUUAUGGAAAACCUAAUCAGUUUAGUUGUGUUUCGAAUUUUUGAAAAGAAAAUUUCAAUGAAACAGAAGUUUAUCUUAUAUUCCUGUAAAUUCUUCACUUUUCAUAAAAAGAUAAACCACAUCUGACAAAGGAUCAUAGAAGCAUAAAACUGAAUGCAUUUCUUGCUGGCUAAGAUCAAAAAUUAUUAAUAUAUUAACAUGUAAUCAAUUCUACUUUCAAUGCUACACUUUGUAACCCUUGAAUAACUUUGGUUCUGCAAAUUAUCCAACAUGGUAAAAAGUUCUGGAUACUCAAGGUCUCUGAACAAGAAGGCUUGAAGAAUACAUAGAAAACUGGACAAUGACUGGCCACUUAACUUACCACUUACUCAAAAAGAUUGUUGUGAUGCUUCCAUCAAUUUUUAGG